AUGGAGAGAGCGAAACAGAGAGAGGAUGAGGAUGAGGAGAAGGAGGAACAAAACAAGCAGGGGGAGACUGGUGCUGGAGUGAGGAGAAGUAUAGAUGAGGAAUACAGAGGCAGGCAGGCAGACAGAAUAAGGGACCGAAGUGUAAACCGACCGGGGCCGGUCCCUGCCUUCCUCAGGAGCCCGUCUGUCAUCCCACCACCCCCUCUGGACAUGAAACCCUUCCUCCAAUUCCCGCUGGAGUCGCCUCACCCAGCUACCAUCGGCCUCUUCCACAACUUUAAUACAAUGGACCCUGUCCAGAAGGCUGUGAUGACGCACACCUUUGGGCCACCAAUGGUGAAAACAAAGAGGCCCAUCAUCUCCUGCAAUGUCUGUCAAAUACGCUUCAACUCAGAGAGUCAGGCAGAGGCCCACUAUAAGGGGAACCGCCACGCUCGGAGGGUGAAGGGGAUCGAGACAUCCAAGACGGCUCGUCUCCAAGAUGGCGACAAGCAGCACCCUCCCCCUACUGCUUCCCCCUCCCUAUCAGGCCCCUCGCCAUCCAGCCCGGAGCCUGAUCCUAAUAAGCAGGAUGACACCCAAUCAUGUCCCAACUCUAAUGAGUCACCUUUGACCCCUAGCCGCCUCCCAACACCCACAUUUAGCUCAGCAGACGCAGAGUGUCCCCUCUUGCCCUCUGUCAGCACACCUUUGCCAUCCUCUCCCGUCCCCUCAGCGACCCUCAGUACACCCCCUGUGGACCUGGCAGUGGCUGGUCUUCCUGACACCCCGUCCCCAGCGCCCAGCCCCUCUUCAGGGGAGUCAGAGGAAGAAAAAGCCAAGAAGCUUCUCUACUGCUCCUUGUGCAAAGUAGCUGUUAAUUCCCUCUCACAGCUGGAAGCACAUAACAAAGGUACCAAACACAAAACAAUUCUGGAGGCUCGGAGCGGACUAGGACCCAUUAAAGCAUACCCACGUCUGGGUCCUAAACCCAGCCCUGAGCAGGGAGGGGAGCUAUCCACUGACCCCAACACUCAGGAACGCACCUUCCACUGUGAGAUCUGCAACGUCAGAGUCAACUCAGAGCUGCAGCUUAAGCAACAUAUAUCAAGCCGGAGGCAUCGGGAUGGAGUUGCAGGGAAACCCAAUCCUCUUCUCAGUCGGCACAAGAAGCGCACAGACUUUAUGGAACUUCCAAAAACUCUGGGGGCCGGACUUUUACCAAGUCCUCUGGCUGUUGCCGCAGCCAUGGCAGCUGCAGCAUCCUCGAAUCAGCUGGCCCUGCGUCCCCCCGGCCCGACCUCCCACCCUCACCCCAGUCACCACUUCCUACAAGGAACACCCCUCAGCCUCCUGAGGCCCGCCCCGGGUCCCAUCCGCACCACCCACGGGCCAAUCCUCUUCACUCCUUACUGA